CACAAGGUACUCUCCAUACCCUUUUUUUCCCCUUCCCGUUAUCUUGUCUUGUCUGUUUGGUUCCUGAGAAAACGAAAGAAAACGCAACGGUCUGUUUUUAAAGACAAAACAGUAGUGGUAAUUUGAUUUCCCCCCCCCCUCCCCCCCUUAAUUCUUGCUUUAGGUAUCUGUUAAAGGAUAAAGGUGCGAUUCUUUUGGUGAAAAAAACAAUGAGGCCUGUGUUUGUGGGGAACUUCGAGUACGAGACUCGGCAAUCAGAGCUGGAGCGUUUGUUUUCAAAAUACGGGAGGAUCGAACGGGUUGAUAUGAAAUCUGGAUUUGCCUUUGUUUAUUACGAGGAUGAACGUGAUGCUGAAGAUGCUAUUCGUGAACUUGAUAAUAUUCCUUUUGGUUAUGACCGACGGCGACUGUCUGUGGAGUGGGCUAAGGGUGAACGUGGUCGACGUGGUGAUGGUUCUAGGUCAGUGACAAAUCAUAGACCCACCAAAACCUUGUUUGUUAUCAACUUUGAUCCAAUCCGUACUAGGGAACGAGAUAUUCUAAGGCACUUUGAGCCAUAUGGGAAGGUUCUUCAUGUUCGCAUUAGGCGAAACUUUGCGUUUGUUCAGUUUGCAACACAAGACGAUGCUACCAAAGCUCUCGAGGCUACACAAAGGAGCAAGUUACUAGACAGAGUCGUGUCUGUUGAAUAUGCUUUAAGGGAUGAUGAUGAGAGGGAUAACAGAUAUGAUAGUCCUAAAAGAGGAGGUUACGAUAGACGUGGAGAUAGUCCAUAUGGGAGGUCCCGAAGUCCUGUGUACCAUAGGCGACAAAGUCCUGAUUAUGGUAGAGCUUGUAGUCCUGUUUAUGAACGCUAUAAUGGUCCUGUUUAUGACAGACGCAAAAGUCCUGAUUACGGGAGGCAUAGGAGUCCUGAAUAUGGCAGAUACCGCAGCCGAUCACCUGUUCGAAGGUCCCGAACAUAGAAGGGCAUCAGAUUACCGGUGAAAAGUAUUUCGUAGCUCUAUGCUUAGCUUUCUAUGUAUUUUGGUAUGUACUUUAAGAACCUAUUGUUCAUGUUAAUAUAUGUACUUGGCUUGGAUUAAAA